AUGUCUGCACCUCGAGGUGGAUCUCGUUUUAAUCGCGGUAGAAAAAAACGCUCUAACAGGGGUGGUCAUCAGCCAAUAUCAAGCGACAAUCAAAAAGAUGUAGGUCAUAGCAGAAAUGUUAGUGACAUUAAUGAAUUGCGACAAGAUAACUAUCGACACGAUAACACGAACAAUAAAUCAAAGUAUGUCUCUGAUCCCAAAGGCAAGGGAUUAGCAGUUCCCAGAGAUUCUUCAACUUUAUCAAAUCACGAUUCAGGAAAUUCUCGAACUUCCAUACGUUCAAAGAAAUCCUCCGCUUCUAAGUUUUCUCUUGAUGAAAUUAAGGAUGUGUCAACCUCGAUAACUUAUGGCUUAACUACAUCCACCUAUGAAUGUAUGAUUUGCUGUGAAGUUAUACGACCCAGUCAUAAGACAUGGUCUUGUGGAGUUUGUUGGGCAGUAUUUCAUUUGCAGUGUACACAAAAGUGGGCUCAAAAGUCCUUCGAUAAUGCGGGUUCAUGGCGCUGUCCUGGUUGUCAAAACAAAUCUGAAAGUAUUCCUGAGAUGUACAAGUGCUUCUGUGGUAAAGUAGAAAACCCUCAAUUUACGCGUUAUUUAACUCCUCACAGUUGUGGUAAUGUUUGUAGAAAAAGUAGAGAUUGUUCACAUGAUUGUACUCGGCCGUGCCACCCGGGGCCAUGCCCUCCUUGUUCGGCCAUGGGGCCUAUUCAACACUGUUUUUGUGGUCGCCAGACGUAUCAACUUCGUUGUAUCGAAGUCGAUCAUUCAGGUGGUAAAUCGUGCGAAUCAGUUUGUGGGAAUUUAUUGGGAUGUGACAAACAUUAUUGUAAAAAGAAAUGUCAUCCAGGAGAUUGUACGCGAUGCGAAGUAAUCGAGAUACAAAAUUGUUACUGUGGACAGACAGAACGAGAGGCAACAUGUGGUGAAGGGAUGGCUAUCCGUUGUUAUGGUGGAGAAUCCAGAAAAUCAUUUCAGGUUUGGACUGGAUUCUUCUCAUGCAAAGAAAGGUGUAAUCGCUUGUUAGAAUGCGGUCAUCAUUCGUGCACGAAACCAUGUCAUCCGGUGAUGGAUGAACCUGAGCCUUGCGAAUUAAGUCCUUCACGUGUUCAUAACUGUCCUUGUGGUGCAAAUACUAUAGAGUCACUUCUUGGUCAUAAGCGAACGUCUUGCAUUGAAGAAGUUCCACUUUGUAAUAACAUUUGUUCGAAAACACUUCCAUGUGGUCAUAAAUGUCAAGAUACAUGUCAUCAUGGGAAUUGUAAACCUUGUACAACUGUCGUACAAGCCAAGUGCCGAUGUGGCAGUAAAACGUUUGAACGUGUCUGUUCUGAGGUUUCGGAUAGCCACGAAGAGUUAAUAUGUGAUAGAAUAUGCAGAGGCCUUAGAACCUGUGGCAAACAUCAAUGUAGUGUACGUUGUUGUCCAUCAGCUAACAAGAAAUCAUCAAAAAGUAGAAGUAGUACUUCACAAGAAGUAGAAUAUGAUGUUAAUCAUCAAUGUGUUUUAGUAUGUGGGAAGAGCUUACAAUGUGGGAAGCACACAUGUCAACAAUUAUGCCAUAAGGGGCAUUGUAAACCUUGCUAUGAGGCAUCAUUUGAAGAAUUAAUAUGUCAUUGCGGACGUACAUCUCGUGAUCCUCCGAUUCGAUGUGGAACUAAAAUUCAAUGCCCUUAUUCUUGUGUAAGGGUGCCACUUUGUGGUCAUCCAAGUGUUUCACAUGGGUGUCAUGGGGAUGAAGAAUCAUGUCCUCCAUGUGCGUUCUUGGUUAGCAAAAAAUGCAUAUGUGGUAAAUCCGUAGUUAAUAAUAUUUCUUGUCACAAGUCUAAUGUCAGCUGUGGACAAGUUUGCGGUUUGCUAUUGCCUUGUGGCGGACAUCAUUGCAAACGUGUGUGCCAUUCUGGAGAUUGUCUCAUAGAACGGCAAUGUAAUCAGACGUGUGGAAAGCCUAAAGCUUGUGGUCAUCCUUGUUCCACAACAUGUCAUGCGCCAGCAUCAUGCCCUGAUAUUGCUUGUCAAUCCAAAAUGGUGAUUAGUUGUAAAUGUGGAUAUUUGUCUAAAGAGGUCAUCUGCAAUGCAACUAAGGAAACGGUAGAAGAAGUUAAAUGUCGUAAAUUAGAAUGCAAUAAUGUUUGUGCUAUGGCUGAAAGAAACCGAAAGUUGGCUAGCGCAUUAGAGCUAUCUGAGAGAAUUGUUGAUGGGCCGUUUGCCAAAAGUGCCCCUGAGUAUGAGGAAGAGCUGCUUAAGUACUUUGGCACUAAUAAAGAAUGGGCUAAAAAUAUUGAAUCCACACUGGGAGACUUCAUUUUGAAGUCAGAUAAAUCCACACUGAACCUGACACCCAUGAAAGCAUCACAUCGUGGAUUUAUUCAUGGACUCAGUGCACACUAUUCUUUAAAGUCAGAAAGUGUUGACGUUGAACCCUUUAGAAGUGUUAUCAUUAAGAAAAAGGCUGAUUCUGCAAUCCCAUUGGUGCUUCUAUCUCAGGCUUUUGCUAAUCAUGGAAAAAUAAACACACAUUCGUUAGCUACACCAACUAAGGGUGUAAAUCGAUUUUAA